AUGCCUGUCAAGAAGGUUUUCCUCACUGGGGCAUCCGGGUUUAUUGGCGGCGAUGCACUCUACGCAGUGCACAAGGCCCAGCCGAACUGGGAGAUCUCUGUCUUGAUUAGAGAUAAACAGAAGGCUAAGCAGAUACAAGAAGCUUACCCCGAUGCCAACAUUAUCUUCGGCUCUUUAGAUGAUACCGAAAUCAUCCUGAAUGCUGCAUCUACAGCCGACAUCGUCAUCCGUGAGAAGAUAUCACCAUCCCCGAACAAUGCGAUCCAAAGUAAUACUGCAGAUUCGUCUGAUCAUCCAGCCUCGGCCCAAGCCAUCGCAGAUGGCCUCCGGGCCACUCAUACGCACUCUAACCCGGGAUAUUACAUUCACAUCGGCGGCACGGGAAUCCUUACCUGGUAUGACUGGGAGCACCAGCGCUUCGGCCAAAAGCCGCUUCCAGAACAGGCGUAUGAUGAUCUAGAUGGCAUUGACGCUAUAUUAAAUCUUCCCGAGUAUGCCUGGCAUCGUAAUGUUGACAAAAUUGUUUUGGCGGAGUCUAGCAAGGAUCCAGAGGCGGUCAGAAUUGCCAUUGUAUGUCCCCCGACAAUUUACGGUAUUGGAAGAGGUCCCAUCAGCCAGCGAAGUCGCCAGAUUCCCUUGCUAAGCGCCUUAACAAUCGAAAACGGUGAAGCGCCUAUUAUUGGGGAUGGCCUUGCGGAAUGGGACCACAUCCAUAUCCAGGACCUGUCCAGCCUGAUUACGCUGCUCAUCCAACAUGCCAUCAAUUCAGGGCCUCAUGUCCUUGAAAAGGAAAUCUUUGGACCAAAAAGCUACUACUUUGCCGCGAAUGGUACUCAUCGAUGGGGCGAAAUCGCCGAGGUUAUCGCCAAAGAAGCCUAUAAGCAGGGCUAUAUCAAGGAGCCUAGAACGACUCGACUUUCUGUUGACAUGGCCAAGGAGAAGUACGGCAUGGAACCCAUGACCUGGGGCCUUAACAGCAAAGGUGCAGCGAGGCGGGCAAAGAAGCUUCUUGGUUGGGAGCCCAAGGGCCAAGAGCUAACGGACCUGAUUCCUGAUCUGGUUCGAUAUGAGGGAGAGAGAAAGAAACAGGGGCUGAAAGCCUGGAAGAAAGUUAAUUAG